AUCAACUUAAACUUCAGUAGUUCUGUCCCAGAGUUUGUUCCAAGGGAUUUGCUGCAUCUUCAUUUCCCAAAUUCCCCUCCUUUUAAUCCAAUCAUCUGUAGAAGAAACCCUAUUCGAAACUAAGCCAUCCAGAACUUUGUGGUAUAAGGAAGCUUCCAAGCUAUGGCCGGCCGCGCUAAACAAAGAGACGGUGAAAGAGAAUUAUCAAAGAACCCUACUUCAUUUGGUGUACCUCUAACAGUCUGCGCAAUAAUAAUGGUCGUUUUUCCACCAUUACAACUACUGGAUGAUUCCAAUCAUGAUGGAUUAUUAUUUGCCGUAUCGUCUAUGCUGUAUCUGUUACUGGAUCCUCUGUUUCUGUAUGCUCCUCUUAUCAACGAGAACGCCAAGUGUCUCGUGUUGGACAACAGAGUGAAGAUAGCAGCUCUUUUUUUUCGAUCAUUGGGAGAUGUUCGUUAUCUAAUCAGAAUAUAUCUUCUCAUUAAGGAAGGCUGGGGGAAGUCCCCUUCCCGUAGGAAAAUGCUGAGGCUAGCAAGUGACACGGUGUCUAUUCUUCCUAUUCCUCAAGUUGCAAUUUUAAUUUUUCUUCCAAAGAUGAGGGGCUCCAACUCUUUGAAGACAAUGACGUUUCUCAACUCCCUUAUUGCAUCGCAAUAUUUUCCACGAAUUUACCCCAUCUUUGUAUUGUUUAAGGAAAUUAACACGGCGAGAAUUGGUGAUAGAAGAGACACGUUCACAAAAUGGUCCUCAAUUGUCGUCAACAAUCCAAAAUGGUCGUCAAUCGUCGUCAAUAUGUUUGGGUACAUUAUUGCCAGCCAUAUGUUCGGAGCAUUUUGGUAUUUUUUCUCCAUCCAACGAGAGAUAGAGUGUUGGGGACAUGCUUGCAGAAUUGAAGAUGGAUGUGAAUUUAGUACUUCAUGUGUUCAAAAUACAUACAGAAAUCUCACACUUUUAGAGAACUCAUGCCCUGCAAAUCCCCCAAAUAAACAAGUAUUCGAUUUUGGCAUAUUUCAUGAUGCUCUACAAUCCGGCAUGCAAAAAUCAACAAAUUUUCCACAAAAGUUUUUGCAAUGUUUAUCGUGGGGCAUACGAAAUAUGAGUUCUUUUGGUUCAAACCUCAGUGCUACCAGUGCAAAUGGAGGGGAAAACUUGCUUGUGGUUCUCUUUUCAAUAUUUGGCUUGGUACUAUUUAUGUAUCUCUUGGGGCAUGCGCAGACAUUUAUGCAGAAAGUUAGCGAAUCAGAUACUAUCCUACAGAAGAUGGAAAUGACUAUAGAACCAAAAAUACGAUCCAUAUUAUCUGAAUAUGGCCUGUCUAAUGGAAUGGAGAGGAAAAUCAACCUGGCUGUAAAACAAAAUCUUAAAGAAGAUGAAAAUUAUAUUGUGGAGAAUAUGUUUUCAAUUCUUUCCUUAAAAGAAGCCAAAAGUUUUGCUGUGGAGAUCAAGUGCACUCUCUUUUUGGAUAAGCUCAAGAAAGUCGAGGGGCUUAAACAUAAGGACGAUUUGGUAUUGAAAAAAAUCUGUGAACAUCUUAAGCCAACAAUCUAUAGUGAGAGCAGUUAUAUAAUUCGGGAAGGGGAGCCACUUGAUUUGAUGUUCUUCCUCACACAGGGCAUCGUACUCAUUUAUAAUUCAUGUGGUUCCUCAAGAACUGUCCAAGCUGAGAAAGAGAAAAGUGGUUUGUAUGGAAAAGAGCUUUUAAUUUGGGCCGAAGAAUCUUCUACACAUCUGUCCACCUUACCUUUCUCAACCGCAACUAUUAAAUCCCACAACAAAGUUGAAGUCUUUACUAUCAAGGCCACCGAUUUACAGCGUGUUGUAUCCCAAAAUCAUCUCAAUGUGGAUGGUACUCUCACCGAGAUACAUAGUUGUUGACAGUAGUCAUAGAGAUGUUCUACAAGGGUUGAAUGAUGGCACUAAAUUUCAUGGAGUCUCAAGGCUAUGAAUCCUGUUUAUUGAAGUUAGAAGGUGUGAAAUUGUUUUUGGCAUUAGAUGUCAUGUAUAAUACCUCGGAAAUUUGUUAUUAUUUUCUGAGAAUUUUUCAGAAUUAAUUCAGUGGUUGUUGGUACGAGCGAG